AUGAAUUGUCAGAUUUGUUUCCUACCCUGUCAGUUUAAGAUUCAACGCAGAUUCGACAGUCUGAUGAGCUGUAAUCUGACAGAGAAAAGUUGUUCAUCACUGAGUUCAGUUCUCAUCUUAAACUCCUCAAGUCUGACAGAACUGAACCUGAGUCGCAAUGAACUGCAGGAUUCAGGAGUGAAGCUUCUCUCUGAUGGACUGAAGAAUACAAACUGUAAACUGAAGAUAUUACAUCUGAGUCUCUGUAAUCUGACAGAGAAAAGUUGUUCAUCAUUGAGUUCAGUUCUCAUCUCAAACUCCUCAAGUGUGACAGAACUGAACCUGAGUGGGAAUAAACUGCAGGAUUCAGGAGCGAAGCUUCUCUCUGAUGGACUGAAGAAUACAAACUGUAAACUGAAGAUAUUAAAUCUGAGGCUCUGUUAUCUGACAGAGAAAAGUUGUUCAUCAUUGAGUUCAGUUCUCAUCUCAAAAUCCUCAAGUCUGACAGAACUGAACCUGAGUGGGAAUAAUCUGCAGGAUUCAGGAGUGAAGCUUCUCUCUGAUGGACUGAAGAAUACAAACUGUAAACUGAAUAUAUUAUAUCUGGAGUCCUGCAGUAUUGGAGAUGAAGGUUUUGUUGCUUUGGCUUCAGCUCUGAGAUCAAACCCAUCACACCUGACUGAACUCAAUCUGAACCUUAAUAAUCCAGGAGAUUCAGGAGUGAAGCUGAUCUCUGAUCUACUGAAGGAUCCACACUGUAAACUACACAAACUACAUAUUUAGUCUCGACUGUAUCAAUCAUCUACAAGAGCUACAGAUGACAAAUCAAACAACAGACUUCAUUUAUAAAGUAGAAGAUCUGCUUACUGCCUCCUACUGGACAAACAUCAGCAGUGAGACAUCAGAGCUCAACAUGAGAGACGUCUGUUAGAGUUAAACACACAAACAUGUGGAUGAAGAUCUGCAUUCAUAAUCCAGCAGAAGAGUUUAAUGAAGUUCAAUGAUGUUUAUGUUGUGGAUGUGAUUCCUACACAGCUGAUAUAUGACACUCAGUGUAUCUCUUUCUGUUGCAUCUGAUGCUGUUUAAAGUCUUCUGAGCUCUGCUGAUGCUUCAUUACCUGUAGAUCUUCAUCAUCAUCAUCAAAACAGUUCAUUCCUAUGGAUAUAUUCUCAACAAUGAUGACAGACUGACCAAUGAGAUACAGGCUUUGGGUCAUAUGACUAAAUAUUCCUUAUAGAUGUUUAUACUGCUCAUUUCUGAAUAUAAUACCCUGUUCACACUGUCAAUCCAAAUCUGAUUUUGGUGCAUAUCCUAUUGUGCAUAUCCGCUCUGAUCGCAUUUGUGUAGCUUUUCAGUUAUGUCAUGCUGUCGCGUCAUGUAAAACGUAAACAUGCUAUAGACCAGUGGCGUGCACAGACCUCCUCAGGGGGAGGGGCUGACGGACUUAAAAGGGCAUAAUUUUUUACGUCAAAUAACAAUCAAAUGUAUUUAUUACUUUGGUGUUUCAUUUUUUCUUUGGCAUUAUUUAAAU